AUUGUUACCGGACAGCAUGAUGCUGAGAAUCCCGCCCACCCCGAGAUGACGUUCAUUCCACCCAGAAAUGCAAUCACUCGCUUGUUCCGGGGCAUUGCUCCCACCUCACGACCUCGCCCUGUACUGACCUACCAGCACACUCCUCCAUCUCCAUGGCGAUCAUUUUCUUCGACCGUCUCAUUCUGCAAGAGAGUCGACAAGGUUGACUUGAAUGAAAAACAAGAAAUCGAGGCGGAACUAGCAAAUAUAUCUACCGACGACAAGGCAGAGAACCGCAAAAGCGCGAGAAAGAAUGCAGGCAAGACAUCGUCCUUACGACGGGUAGCUGUGGAGGCCCAAAGGUCGCGUGGAUUUGUUAUGGGAAGAGGAAACAAAAGAUUUGUAGAUCCACAAGUCGACACAAAGACUGUCACAGCAUACUGCGGUGCGGAAACGUACAACAUACCUUCAGCCGUACGCCUAGUCAAAAAGCAUGGUUACGAAGUCGACCCUUACAGUACCGGCUUAUACCCGCAAGUCAUCCACCUACAAACAACCGAGAAGCCCUCCGAAGUGAAGGAUUUUCAACGGGGUGACAUCUUCAUCUUUCCUUCUGGUACUGUGGUAGCAUGGAACGUGCGUGAAAGAGAGAUGCUCAACCUCGUCCAAAGAAUCUUAGUCCCAGCAGCAGAAGGUUCGCAUUUGGAUUUAUUGGAAACAGAGGACCUCGACUACCUAGAAGAUCCUGCAAUGGAGAAUAGUGAGGUGGUAGGGGACACUAUCAUCCUAGGAACCAAAGCGGAGGUUGAAUCUGGCGAUGCACCGAAAGAGCUACAAACAGAGGGAGUUGAUCAGCGACAUGAGAUAGACACCAUCUUAGCCAAGAUAGCGUUUUCCUCUGGUCUUGCUCGCUCAACCAAACUCGCCGUUCUGGAAAGCCUACUUAGCUCUUACCAACAUGCCACCCGCCAGAUUCCUAUCAUGCUCGCCAAAGGCGAGACCAUCUCCCUUCGCGGAAAACAAAUGCCCUUCACGCGGUCUUUCAUCCUCCGCAAGACUGGGGAAUUGCUCAAUAUCCGCGCGCAGCUCAACCUAUAUUCCGAACUCACAGACUCCCUACCGGACAUUUUCUGGGACAGUCGACAUGAGCUUGGUCUGGGAGAGUACUAUGACCAGGUCGGCCGUGCACUCGAUGUCGGUGUUCGGAUCAAGGUGCUGAAUGAGAAAAUCGGAUUUGCGCAGGAAAUCGCCAGUGUGCUGCGCGAAACGCUUAGUGAGAAGCAUGGGUUAAGGCUGGAGUGGGCUAUCAUCGCGCUCAUUGCCGUGGAGGUGGUGCUGGAAUUUUACCGUCACUGGAAAGACUCCGAGGAGAGGAGCGAUGAGAAAAGUACGGAAUCACUGCUCCGUCAUUAUUUGCUUCGAGCGGCAUCGUCCAAUGAGGAUCGGAAACACUGUUCAUACUCUGCUGGCAGCUUUCAAAUCCCAAUCCUCACCUGUACGAUGUUCGGCCCCAGCUCCGGUUCCGAUCACCACCGCAGCCGCAAUCACAAUCACCAAAAGCGAGCAGAUGACGACUUAGAUGAGGAGAUGAGCGAAGUCCCCCAGCCAUUCGCCUAUACGGAACCCUCUUCCCCUACGCCCCGCGCCUUCGCUUUCGAGCACGACAUCCCCCAACACACCCCCCUCGGCCAAGUCCCAGCCUAUCCAGUCCGGAAUAUGCCAGUAUACAGCUUGGGUGCUCGAGGCCGCUAUGUGGAAGUCAUCAACGGCCAGAAGCAAACCCUGCCACCACCCGCAUGGAAGAUGGAACAUGGCCGUCGCGAGAAGAAGCAGGGCCGUCGUGCGAAAGCCCAGAGCGAGAAAUUCCGGGAGCAAGUACUGAGAGAUCUUGAGAACACGCGGAAGCAAAACGAACAGCAAUCAAGACGUGAGGCAGAGAAGGCAGCGCACCGAGAGGAGCUUGAGGAGAGUUCGGAUGAGUUGCUGAAGCAUAUGAGGCAGAAGGCGAAAAAUCGCCAGGAGCCACAAUGGAAGGGCAAGGGGAAAAAACUUGGGGACAAAUAG